AUGACGGCGCGGACGCAACGGGGCAGGCUCGGCCUCGAGAGGCCGCCGAGCCUGGCCAUCCCAGCGCUGAAGGACAGCGACCUGAUGCUGGCCGACGGCACGCCAGAGUGCCGCCCGCAGGCGGCGCUCGUGCUGCGCGUGGACGACACCGUGACGAACUCCCCGAUGUCCUCGCUCACGCUGCGCGACGCGACCGUCGCCGACGAAGUCCAGAGCCCGCGCCAGCACCCCCGGCAAGACAACGCAAGCGCCCUGCGCAGCACCGCGCACCGCAGGGGCGCGUCGCCCGCGGCUGCGAGCGUCCUCGCGCGCGAGGCCGCCCCGAGGCGGUCCCGGUGGGUCGAGGUCGAUCCCGACGAGCUCGUCGACGAACCGCUGCUGAUGACCCUCGAGCUGCCGGGGGAGUGCGACGCGCGCCCCGCCCGCGAGGCCGCGCACUGGGCGGCGCUGGCCGAGGCCGGGCGCCGCACGUCGCAGUGGGUCGCGACCUCUCCGACGCCCCCCGCCGGGCAGUGCCCCGCCUGGCUGCGAGCCGUGGAGACGGUCGAGGAGCUCAUGGGGAGCGCGUGCCGGCGCACGUCGUUCGGCACGGUCGCGAACGAGCCCGAGCGGCUGCGGGCGCCCUCCGCGGCCCGCGUGACGGAUGCCGUCGCCCCCGCGCCUGACUCGGCGAUGGAGGAGCCUGACGCGGGCGGGGGGUGUGUCGCGGGCGCGCGGGCGGCGGACGGGGCCUCGUUCUGCGAGAAGAGGCGGCUCAAGCGCUUCAGCCUGGACGCCCCGUGA